UCUCUCUUUAGUAUUCUAUUUUAUUUGUUUGGAUAUGGCCAUUGACUAUGCUAAUAAAACAUUUCUAGCUCCUAUGGUAAGAGUAGGUACUCUUCCUAUGCGAUUGUUAGCUCUCAGAUAUGGAGCUGAUCUUGUAUGGACAGAAGAACUUGUUGAUAAACGCAUUAUAGGUUCAGUACGGAAAUACAAUGUUGCUACUGGUGUGACUGAAUAUUGGAAAGGUCAGGCCAUGUGUUUUGCUACUCAUCCGGACGAAAAGGGCAAGGUCAUUUUACAACUCGGAACUGCUGAUCCUGAUUUGGCUCUUCAAGCUGCACUUACCUUAAAGGAUGAAAUUGCUGGUGUAGAUCUCAACUGUGGAUGUCCCAAAAAGUUCUCAGUACAAGGUGGAAUGGGUGCUGCAUUAUUGACGAAUCCUGAUCGAUUAAAGGCAAUUCUUACAAAACUGGUGGAAAAUUUGGAUAUACCUGUUACAUGUAAAAUAAGGAUUCUGGAGAGUGAAGAAGAAACUUUGAAAUUGGCAAAAAUGAUUGAAUCUACAGGUGUCAAGGCUCUUACUAUACAUUGCAGAACAAGAAAUCAACGAUCAACUACACCAGCUCGUUGGGAAGCCAUGAAACAAGUAACCAAGACUUUGACCAAGAUUCCUGUUGUAGUGAAUGGGGAUGUGAUGUGUUGGAAUGAUAUUGCAAAAGCAAAAGAAGUGACAGGUGCAAGUUCGGUGAUGAUUGCAAGAGGUGCUCAAGAUAAUCCAUCAGCUUUUAGAAAAGAGGGUCUGGUACCUUUUGAUGAAGUAGCCAAAGAAUAUUUGAAAACAUGUGUGGAUGUAAACAACGUAUUUGUCAACACCAAGUAUGUACUGUUGUGCAUGAAUACUAAUCCGAAACAUACAAAGUCUGAAUUCUAUCAGAAAAUGCAGCGUACUAAAUCAACUGAGGCCAUGUGUGAACUCUUUGAUUUAUUACCCUACUAUCAACAAGCAAUGGAAAAACAAAAAUCACGUCAAGAAGCAGCAAUGACUUUGACAGAAACAGAAGCAGCUACGACAAAUAUACCAGUGGCAGGAGACAAAAGAUCUCAUAAUACAGCAAACCAAGAUGGCGACGAUGAUGACGAUCGCAACAAAAAGCUCAAGACAAACGAGUAGACUAAUGUAGUUAUAGAUUUGAAGCAGUGAUAGACCUUUUGUAUUAAACCUUUGUGGUGGGUGACUUAGUUUCAUCCUCCGCUCGCAAAAUAAAGUGUUCUUGUUUUUUUUUUUUUU